CCGCCGCCGUCCCGGCCCCCCCCCCCCUCCCCGCUCCCCGGCCCCUCUUGGUGGGCGAAGGAGCGCCUGGAUCAAUGAAUGAAUGAAUGAAUGGCGGAGCGCCCCGCCGCAGCAUGAGGCGCCGGCCGAGGACCGCGCCCGGGCUCGCCCUGCUCUGCCUCGCCGCCCUCCUGGCCGCCGCCGCCGCCGCCGGGCUGCCCUCCAGCGCCGCGCCGCCCCCCGAGCCCGGCAGCGGCAGCGGCGGACCCUCUGAGGGCAGCCCCGCCACCGCCGCGCCGGAUCGGCCCCGCGGAACCGCCGCGCCCGCCCGGAGCAGCGCUCCGCCGCCGGUGCCCCCGGAGGAGGAGGAGGAGGAGGAGGCGGCGGUAGCGGAGGAAGAAGAGGAGGAGGAGGAGGAGGCGGCAGCGGCGGGCAGCGGCCCCGCAGGAGACCUCUGCAACUGCAGCGCCGUGGGGAGCAUCGGCGCGGCCGAAUGCGACGGCGUGACGGGGCAGUGCCUGUGCCGGGAAGGCUACGCCGGGCUGCGGUGCGAGAGCUGCGCCCAGGGCUUCUACCCGGAGCGGAGCAGCCAGGGCUGCCGUCCCUGCGGCUGCAGCCCCCCCGGCUCCCGCAGCCCCCACUGCGAUGACUCUGGGAAAUGCCAGUGUAAAGAUGGUGUCACGGGCCUGAAGUGUGACCAGUGCAGUGAUGGAUACUACAGGUUUAACGAAACCGCCUGCGAGCCGUGCCAGUGCAACAACCACUCCAAAACCUGCAACAGCUCAACAGGGACCUGCCUGCAGUGCCAGGACAACACGGAGGGAGACCACUGCGAGCUCUGCAAGGAGGGCUUCUACAGAAGCCCCCACGCUGCCCACGCCUGCCACCACUGCCCGUGCUCCACCGUGGCAUCGACCGGCACCUGCCGAAUACAUCCCGGUGAAACUGCCCCGAGGUGUGACAAAUGCAGAACGGGGUACACCGGCCCGAACUGCAAUCGGUGUGACAACGGCUACUACAACUCCGACAGCAUCUGCGUGAGGUGUAAAUGCAACGGGAACGUGGACCCCGCGCGGUCACCCAGCGUCUGCAAGCCGGAGAGCGGGGAGUGCCUCGGCUGCCUGUACCACACCGCGGGCUUUCACUGCGAGGAGUGCGAGGACGGCUACGUCCGAGACCCCGAGGGCACCAACUGCACCAAGAAAGAAGCCACUCUCGGCCCAGAAACAAGGGAGUUUACAACUUCUGCUCCAAAUGCCAGCAAGGCGACAUCAUUUUCAACGGCAGUGAUAAACAGUACGUUGUCACCAACAACUAUACAGACCGUAUUUCCCAUAAGUUCCUCUGACAAUAGCACCUCUGCUUUCGCAGAUGUUUCGUGGACUCAGUUUAACAUAAUUAUUUUGACAGUUAUCAUCAUUGUUGUGGUCCUACUAAUGGGCUUUGUGGGUGCUGUCUACAUGUACCGUGAGUAUCAAAACAGAAAACUUAACGCUCCUUUUUGGACCAUUGAACUCAAGGAGGACAACAUCAGUUUUAGCAGCUACCACGACAGCAUACCCAACGCUGAUGUUUCUGGGCUGCUGGAAGAUGAUGGGAAUGAAGUUGCACCGAACGGACAGCUAACGCUGACGACUCCCAUGCAUAAUUUUAAAGCUUAGAAGAAAUGAUCCAGCUAUUCCAAAGUUGGCUUAAAAAAGUUAACAGGGCUUGUUGAAGGGGUAUCGGGAUCCGUGCCAAGGCUCCACGCAGAGGAAUUUGCUCUUCAGGUACUCUUAAUGCUGGGCAUGCCGUAGCUUGCAGGUGAACAGAAAAAAGUGUAGUAGAUCCGAAUUUCAGGUAAUACGGUGAAAUGCAUUCAGUGUCCUGUUCUCCAUGCAGAUCCAUAGAAUUCACUGUUGUUAAAGACUUGAUUAUGCUGAUCUGAAAAUAUUUUUUUUUGGUGAAGAGGCGGUGGGGUGAGAAAGCAGUACCCCAGGAUUAAUCAGGAGCUACUUGAUUUCCAGCCAACCUAACACUUACGUUCGCAUCCUUUAGUCUGAAAAGUAGCUCAUGAAUUCGCAGUGGAUUUUCAGGAAAGACCUUUGCAAAGGCUUCAUAUCAGUUCCUGAUAGAAAGCUGUUUGAAAAGGAGGACAAAAAAAGGGAAAUAAUUGUUCACUGUACGACCAAAAGGCAGGUAGAGGAGUGAGUUGCACACUUGAAAAAAGUCACCAUUAGCAGUUUCCACUAAACAGGGAAACACAAAAAAAAAAAAUCAUGAAAAUAUUGGAGUUAGGGAAAAGACUAAACUUUUCCCUUUCUGAGUAUUUAUACAGGGUGAUGAUGCUAUUAAAACAUAGCAAUCCAUUUUUUUUUUCUAGAAGGAGUUAAUGAACUUGUAUAGUUUCUGUGCAAGGGAAGACGACAAGACAUCUCAGGGUUGCCGUGUAAAAAUAAAAGCUAGGCUUAAUACCCUACCCUGAUAGAAAUGGUGUGUUCUGUAUAUAAAAUGUAAUAUAUCUUCUUGGGAUUGUAUUUGUAAUUAUUUGUAAAAAAAGACAACCAACCAACCAAAAAAACCCCAACAACAAAACCAUGAACCCCUCCCCAACCUCCCCUAUUCCCUAAGUCAUAUUUUAUCAUCUAGAUUUUAAUUGUACAGCGGUUAGUGGCGUUGUUUAAAAAGAAAAAAAAAUGAGGAUUGUUUAAAAUACUGUAAAUUAGAUGGCAAUAUUGUUGGAGCUGGGACUCUGGCAAACACCGACUGCUUAAAGCUUUUCUUCUAGUGUCAUUGAAUAACUUUCUUUUUUAGGGAAAAUGUGAGUGCUCCCUACUUGCAUCUGCCAGAUCUUCCCAUUCUUUUCAAUACAGAGUGAACCCAGUGUCGCCAUAACUAGGGCCUAGUCGGUGUCCAAAAAUCAGAUGUACCAUUCUGUUACUUGCUUUUAAGUCUUCAUACAAAAUGCAAAUACACUGUCAUGAGUGCACUGAGAGCCUGGUCUCGAUGGCCGAGUUUUUCCGAAGCGGCUGCUCAUCACGUGGAUGGAUUUCGUGCCACCUCUCCCAUGCUGACGCGGUGACGGGGGACAUGCCGGAGGGCUGAGCGCAGCCUCCUGGCCUCUUGAAGGGCAAAAGCGAAAAUCUCCUGGAUUUGGGUGAAAACGGCUUUCAGCCGAAGAGCUCGCAGGAGCCGAUCUGCGCUUCUAGGCUUAAAAGCUCAAAGCGCAUGGAUGCUUGCAGGAAAUGUAUGUAGCACAAGUUGGUGGUGGGGAAUUGGCCAUUAAAAAAAAACUAUGGGGGACUUUAGGUUUUACCGAUUCCCCUGGUUUUUGUGGGGGGCUGGCGGACUGUUAGCAGAGGGAGAAAAACUCAUGGGCAGCACAGCAGAGGGAGGUUGCGCUAUGGAGCUCCUCGCUGGUACCCGCAGCCUGCAUGUGCCUGCCUCGAGGCGGGCACCGUGCCCUCCCCGUGCCGGGCAGCCGCCAGGGCCGACCCGUGAAAAUCGAUGCCAUUACAUUUAAGCAGGGCGUGAAACAAAUAUUUCACCUGACUCCUGACCAACCUCAGAACUAAAGCUGCAUUGCUGUGCCCUUUGGUGCUUCGCAAGCGAUUGAUGCUGAGGAUAAAUGAAGUACCUGCUAAAGGUCAGCAGGAGCUGACUGAUGCAUCCUCAGAGCCAGGCAAAAAUAAAUAUUUCUCAAGAUGAGAAAUGGUAGGAAGAAUGUGGUAAUUAUUUAUUUGCUUUCUGGUGCUGCAUGGAGGCUUUUCUUAUCAUUGGAGACUUUGGGGGGUGGGAGGGGGGGAAUAGGUGCUUUAAACGCAUGCACAAAGAUGCCAUUUCUGCCUCAAAAGCUUGCUGCUUGAUUUAAAGAUGAGGCACGGCAAGUGAGAAGGAAAAUAGUCGAGGAUGAGCAAGGGUAGAAUGGUCCCAUGGUUUAGGAAAUAAACUUGGCUGAUGUCAUUCAGAGCAAUGUUACUUUUAGUUAUAAAACGGGGGAGGACUGGAGGAGAAAAUCUGGAUAUUGCUAAUCCUCGAGUUACUCAUCAAACUUUUAAAGAGCAGAAUAGUGACGAAACAAAAUUUCCUAAAAAUUGUCAUUAUUUAGCAGUGCUGAUUUAGCGAUAUACUUGCACUUGGUCACUUCAUGGGGCGGGGAAAGGUAAUUUAGGAAGCGUUAGCUUCUGGGGCUAAUGCUGGCAGGCAAAGUGAAGGCCAGAUUUUUCACUUUAAUGUUUCCAAAAUAUUUUACAUCUUUUCAUCUUUGCCACAGAAUGCUUCUUCCUCAAAUUUUGGUAUGACUGUAGGCUGCUUUGUAACAGGAAUAGGCUUUGAUUUUUCUCACAUUGUAGAAAUACUGACCAUCUGCAAAACCAGAGGGUGAGUUGAGAUGCUGAGCCCUCCUGCUGCAGCGCAGGAGGUGUUUGCAUCUGGGCUGCUUCUGACCUCCAAGUUGCUUCAAGGCUUUGUGUUUGAGCCCCGGGUUUGGAAAGAGGAGGAGGUCAGGACGCCUUACAGUCUGCGAGGGAGGGCAGUACAGCUGUGCUGUUGUCUAUGGGUCGCACAUCUGGACGAAGCGAUCCAGACGGGUGCCAUAGAUGUGAUGGGAAGCUUGGCUGGGCAAGGGGGACCUGGCUGCCCGGGUUUGCACAGCAGAGGAAAGCACAGGAUGUUCUUUAGCAGGGACUGGAGCACAGCAGGCAUGUGGCACUGGGACAAUGCUUGUCAGAUGGCAGAAUGACUCAGUAGGAAAAAAACAGCCAUCUCCAGCCAACCAGGCCUUUGGCAUAGAGGAACGACAUGUAUAAAAGGAGAUUGAUGCCUCAGCAAAGAAAGAAUAAACAGCUUCUUGUUCGACUUUGGUGAUGUGAGAUUGGAUCCUCCUUCCUCUCUCCAUCAAUCACGCAGCUGGCCCCUGGGCACCACGGGAGGUGAGGAAGAAGCUGAGCUAGUUAUAUCUCCAGUCAGCUUAGGUUGGCUUUGUAUUUUGAGGGGGUGCAGAGCUAAAAAACCUGUGCCAGGGUACCAAAGGCCACCAGGACCACCGACCUGCCACAUGUUAUAACUUGUCAUGAAGCUUCCCAGAUGUUGAGGUUUACCCUACACCAUGUUGGGGUAUAGGCAGGUAACUCAGAAAUCAACUUACCGGGCUGCGUUGAGGCCCAACUCAGAAGCGAGCAAGACAAGGGGAAGGCAUCUUGGUGCCUUCUACGGCUGAUGUGGCAAUGCAGAUACACAUAGCUUUCCUGAAGGGCCACCAUGCAUCACCUUCUAACUGGGCAUGCCGCUGCCUGGCUGUCAUGGAGAAAUGCAGGUGAUGGCAUGGUACGGUAGCUGUAGAGCAUAGAGAAGGUACGACAAGGCAGGUGAGGGCUGGGGGAAGGCGGGAAACGAGCUCUGAAGGCACAGUCCUCAGGGUCGUGAGGGCCCUGUGGACCCAGCUGGUCUGGACAGGGCAAGUCCAGUUCCACAGUCAAGUAACUGAAGGCAAGAGGAUAUAACAGAGCGGAUAAAGGGCAAGAAGCAAUGACGUGCCAAAGGCACGGGGCAGCCCGGACGGCUCACAACGUAGGAGAGCAUUUGGUAAGCACAGAGUGCAACAGACAUGCAAAAAAGCGAUUGGGUUAAUGUGGAUAGAUGAUCUCGAAUCUUAUGAACCACUGUAGCUAGAAAUAACUGCAUGGAGCGCUAGCCCUGGGGAGCUGUCAGGAGAUGUCAUCCAUUGGAAUGAUAAUUCCCUUGGAGCAGGCUGAGCAAACGAAGCACGCUGGAAGCCAUUUGUGAAAGAGGGGUGGAUGUAUUCAGCAUCCUUCAGGUACCCUGGGCCAGUUAACCGCUGCUACACAGCGGCUUUAGCUCAAAUGUGACAGGCAAUGGAAAUGCGGCAGGAAGUUUGCACAGUCUCCUUUAAAUAAAGGAUACAAGAUUGAAUCCUAAAAAUAUGUUUCUCUUUAAAGUGAAGUUUUAAAAUGAGCUCCCACAGGACUCUGCUCUUCGUGUGUCAGAGGAAUGGAUUAAAAUAAGAAAAAUGUGGGCCUUACAAGUUGUACUUGCUCCCAAUUGAAACCCAUCAGUCUUACUACACAUCCAAAUAAGGCGUCUCCUAAGCAUAGGCUAUGCUUACAAAUGCAUUUCUAAAAAAAAAAAAAAGUGUAUGAUUUGAAUAUAUGUCAGAAUUUAUACAGAAGAAUGUUAUUUAAAAUGAAUAAAAAUAAAUGUAUAUAAUUUGUAUCUAUGCCA